CCGGGCGGCGGCGGCGGCGCAGGGGAAGGGGCGGGCGGGGGCCCAGCUCUCUCCUCCCACCGCGCUCCCGCCGCUCCACGCUUCCAGGCACAGAGCAAGCGGCGGCAAGGCGGCGCGGGCCGGCCCGGCUUCCUUCUCGCCGCCGGCGCCGUUCCCGGACGGGCACGCGCCGCGAUGGCCUCGGCGGAGCGGGGCUGAGCCCGCCGCCCGCCCGCCCGCGGACCCGCAGCCCCGCAGCCCCCGGCCGCCUCCGGCCCAGCCAUGGCGAAGCAGUACGAUGUGCUGUUCCGGCUGCUGCUGAUCGGGGACUCCGGGGUGGGCAAGACCUGCUUGCUUUGCCGCUUCACCGACAACGAGUUCCACUCUUCGCACAUCUCCACCAUCGGUGUUGACUUUAAGAUGAAGACUAUAGAGGUAGAUGGCAUCAAAGUGCGGAUACAGAUCUGGGACACAGCAGGGCAGGAGAGAUAUCAGACCAUCACAAAGCAGUACUAUCGACGGGCCCAGGGAAUAUUUUUAGUCUACGACAUUAGCAGUGAGCGCUCUUACCAGCACAUCAUGAAGUGGGUCAGUGAUGUGGAUGAGUAUGCACCAGAAGGUGUUCAGAAGAUCCUUAUAGGAAAUAAGGCCGAUGAGGAGCAGAAACGCCAGGUGGGAAGAGAGCAGGGGCAGCAGCUGGCUAGAGAGUAUGGCAUGGACUUCUAUGAAACAAGUGCCUGCACCAACCUCAACAUUAAAGAGUCCUUCACGCGCCUGACGGAGCUGGUGCUGCAGGCCCACAGGAAAGAGCUGGAAGGUCUGCGGACGCACGCCAGCCAUGAGUUGGCCUUGGCGGAGCUGGAGGAGGAGGAGGGCAAACCCGAGGGUCCGGUGAACUCUUCGAAAACCUGCUGGUGCUGAGGGUCCCACGUGGAGCACCCGCACAAUCCCCUCUCCCCGCAGGAGGCCUGCGGGCAUACAGGGAGCCUGGGCCUCGCCCUGCUUCUCCUCUCCUUCGGGUGGCCUGUGGCAUCUCAGCCGCUGCUUCUCCCCCUGCCUGGCACCAAGAGCAGCUCCGCCGUCUUGUCUGAACAGCCUUGCCUCCGGCCCUCCACCGGGGUGUCCCCUCCAGCCUGUUUCCCCAGCCACAGGUCUGCUACUGGUCCCGACGUGCCAUGAGCACUGCCUCACUGCCCCAGCUCCCAGGCAAUGGCCGAGUCUGGAGUCAAGGCCUCUGUAAGGCUCCAUCUCUUUCAGUGCAUCUGGUGUCCUCUGCUUUUUCUCGCUUCUUCCCACUUCUCUCUCUCUGUACCCCUGCCUCCUGCUGUGUUCAUAUCAACCUUUCCCACCCCCCGCGCCAUGCCAUGUGGCUGCUAGUGUGGCCCUUCUCCCCACCCCCCCCAGCCUUGGCCUGUCCCAGGGAAUGGACUCAGGCUCAGGGGUGAGUUCCCUGCUCUGCUCCAGGGAGAACCUGUGCCCUGCUUGGUGGGCGCUUCUUCCUGUCCUCCCCGCCCCACCGCCCUGUCUUGUGCCAUGGGCCUGCCUCCCCAGGCACCGGGGAAAGAGGAAUGUCAAGGGAGGAAGGAAAGCUCAAACUGGUGGUCCCCAUGCCUGGGGCUUUCCUGCCUCCUGCCCCCAGCGUCAGCCUUGCUUGGCUGCCUGCCAGCUGCCAUUGGGGAAACUGAGCUUGAGGCAGGUGCUUCUGAGAAGAAAAAAAUGAUGAGGGGUGGCAGGGACAAAAAGUCACCUCCAUUCUCUACCUCCCAGGCAGCAUGUAUACCAUUUCUACUCCCCUGGGCUCCUGAAUUGAAAGAUGCGGACCAAGCCUGGAGGGAACUGUGGGGGCAAGGAAAGCCUCGGGGCCAACAACAAGCUCCAGAAAGGGGACUGUUUGGUAGUGAAGGACCAGCUCCUAUCUAUCAGGUUAAGAGCCAGGGAGAGCAGGCAGGGUAGCAGUUUGCACACGAGAGGGGAAUUUGGCAACAGGAGGGAUUCCUGGGCCUCCCCUUCCAUUUCUUGUGUGAGAAGGGUGUUUCCCCACCACCCCUGGCAGUGAGAGGUGACAGAACCACGCUGGGGGGCUUUCUCUGAGCCCAGCCUGGGGCUCUCGAGGUUUUCCUGAGAACCAAAGUUUGCAGGACAAGGGCAGGAAGCUCAUGGGAAGAAAGCAAGCGAGCCCUGGGUAGGGAUGCUUGGUGCUGUUCCCUUCAGCCUUCAAGGCAAGUGCCCAUCUUGCCCCUCUGGCUCCUGAGUCAGAGGCUUGAGGUUUGCCAGCUGCACUGUGGCUACAGGUGGAAGGAAGCAGACUCGCUCCUCCAGGGCCCUUUGUUCAGGAAGAUGUUUCUUUUUUUUUUUUUUGGCAUUUCUUG